AUGUUGUUGUUCUUGUCAGUGCCGCAGCCCCGUCCGCCGGGAGCUCGAACCCGAGCCGGGGCCGCCCGGGUGGCGCGGUGGCGGCGGCAGCGGCUGCAGCAGCUGCGACGGCUGCGGGGGCUGCUCCGAGGACUGCGGGGGCGGCCGGUGGCCGGCAGCUGGCGGCGGGACCGGAUGGCUCUGUGCGGGCAGGCGGCGGGCGCCGCAUCGCUGCCCAGCGAGCUGAUCGUGCACAUCUUCUCCUUCCUGUCCGCCCCCGACCGGCUGCGGGCCUCGGCCUCCUGCUCGCAUUGGCGCGAGUGCCUCUUCUACCCGGCUCUUUGGCCCCAGCUCCGCAUCUGCCUCCGCGUCUCUCCCGCGGAGCAGCCUCGGCUCGAAUUCCUCAUGCGCAAGUGCGGCUGGUUCGUGCGAGAGCUGCGCGUUGAGUUCGCCGCCGAGAACUACCUGAGCGGCGGCGGCGGCGGCCCAGGCAACGGAGGCCGCGCGGACACCGGGACUGGAGGGGAAGAAGUCGAGGCCCUGCAGCUCUCAACUCGUUGGCUGGAAGUGCUGCGCACCUACUUGGAACUGGUGCUGUGCGUGCUGGUCAGCAUCCGGAACAACAGGAACCUCCAGAAGUUUAGUCUUUUUGGAGACAUAAGCGUUCUGCAACAACAAGGAACAUUGUCAAAUACAUACCUCAGCAAGGUGGACCCUGAUGGCAAAAAAAUUAAACAAAUUCAGCAGCUAUUUGAAGAAAUACUGAGUAAUAGUAGGCAACUGAAAUGGCUGUCCUGUGGGUUUAUGCUGGAAAUAGUAACCCCAACAUCACUGUCAUCUCUCUCUAACUCUAUUGCCAACACCAUGGAGCACCUGAGUUUACUGGACAACAAUAUUCCUGGUAACAGCACUCUUAUUACUGCAGUCGAACUGGAGCGAUUUGUGAAUCUGCGCUCACUUGCCUUGGAUUUCUGCGACUUUACAGCUGAGAUGGCAAGAGUCUUAACCGAUAGCAACCAUGUGCCUUUGCAGCGACUGUCUCUCCUGGUCCAUAAUGUUUCCGUGAUGCACAAGUCUCUGGACAACAUGCCAAAUGAUGAGCAUUGGAAAGCCCUGUCACGAAAGAGCACCAGCCUUCGCGUCUAUAUAAUGGCUUUUGAUAUCAAGAGUGAAGAUAUGUUAAAGAUUCUGAAACCCAGUAUACCUCUAGAGAGGAUUCAUUUUGACAGCUAUAUCACUUGUGUUUCAGGGGCUAUUGUUGAUCUUAUAUCCAGGCAGUAUGACAAGUUCCUCACUCAUUUUAUAUUAAUGAAUGAUGUGAUUGACACGUCUGGUUUUCCAGAUCUUAGUGACAACCGAAAUGAAGAUCCACUGGUUUUAUUAGCGUGGAGAUGCACAAAGCUCUCUCUUCUGGCAAUUCAUGGUAGGUGA